UACAGUUGAGCUUCGCAAGAGGAGAGUAACUAACCAACUCCGUCACCGACUUCUCAAAGAAGAAUCGAGAGAGAGAGGAAAGAACACGUUUCACCGGUUGGAGCUUCUCAUUUCUCAAUUCACAAUCACUUUCUUCUUUUUCUUCCCUACUGCUCCAUUCCCCAAAUUCCAUACAACCAAAUCCCUCUCACUCUCUCCCUCUCUCUGCCAUAACCAAAUUCUUCUUCUUCUUCUUCUUCUUCAUGGUUGAUUGACUUUGCUGCUGCUGCUUCUAACCACAGAGAAACCAUAAUGUGGAGGAGGAUCGGAUUGCCUUUCGCAAAAACUACAAUCGGGUCGGGUUUAGGGUUAGUGAGGAGGCUGGUAUGGACUAAGAGCGAGACAGGGCAGAAGUUCGCGGUGGUGUGGGGGAAUGGCGACUAUGGAAGGCUGGGCCUGCGGAGCUUGGACUCUCAGUGGAGACCUGCACCUGUCCUUUGCUCUGCUUUUCAUGAUCAAGGAAUUCGGGCCAUUGCUUGCGGUGGUGCUCACACUCUUUUCCUUACAGAAGCCGGAAGCAUCUAUGCCACUGGUCUUAAUGAUUUCGGACAGCUUGGCAUAUCAGAUGAUACUAAUUACACUACUGAGCCAGUGGAAGUGACUGGAUUUCAGAGGGAAAUUGUUCAAAUUUCAGCUGGUUACUAUCACUCUUGUGCUAUAACGGCGGAUGGAGAACUCUAUAUGUGGGGAAAGAAUGCCAAUGGACAACUUGGGCUUGGAAAAAGAGCACCUAAAGUAGUUCCUAGACCAAGUAAAGUUGAAAGCUUGGUGGGAAUCACUAUUAAGAUGGCAGCUUUGGGAUCAGAGCACUCGGUGGCUGUUACUGAUGGAGGUGAGGCCCUGAGUUGGGGCGAAGGUGGGUCUGGAAGACUUGGACACGGCCAUGAAUCAAGCAUUUUUGGUUUCUUUCAAAGUAACAGCGAAUACAGACCAAGACUUAUAAAGAAACUUGAGGGGAUCAAGGUUAAAAAUGUUGCCGCUGGAUUGCUGCACUCAGCAUGCAUCGAUGAAAAUGGCUCUGUUUUCAUAUUUGGGGAAAGAGCUGUAGAUAAAUUGGGCUUUGGAGGAGUCAACAAUGCAUCAACACCAGCCAUGAUUAGCAAACUGCCAUGUUCGAAAGAAGUUGCCUGUGGCGGCUAUCACACAUGUGUCCUUUCAAGUGGUGGAGAUCUGUACACUUGGGGGUCAAAUGAAAAUGGAUGCCUUGGUAUCGGUACUACAGAUGUCUUUCAUCUACCUGAAAAGGUUCAAGGCCCUUUUUUGAAAUCUCCUGUCUAUCAGGUAUCUUGUGGUUGGAAGCAUACUGCAGCAAUUUCUGGCAAUGUUUUUACAUGGGGCUGGGGGGGUUCGCAUGGAACGUUUUCAGAUGAAGGACAUUCAUCGGGAGGGCAAUUGGGACAUGGAAGUGAUGUUGACUACAUAAAGCCUAUGAUGGUUAACUUAGGAAAGAAUGUUAAAGCAUUACAAGUAUCAUGUGGAUUCAAUCACACAGGCGCCAUACUUGAACAUGCCUAAGGUUUGGAUGCUGUAACUUAUUUCUUCGAGAAAACAUCUACAAGUUGUUCUCUUUCACACAUUGUUUCGUCGAUGUUGUCACAUAGCAUUUAUAUUGCCAUUAGUCGCCAAAACAGUAGCAGUACAUAUUUAUUAUAUGUCCACUAGAAUACAGCCUGUAUACAUAUUCAGUGACCUCAAUAUGAAGAAAUACCUUGUGUAGUUAUUACGAUUAAAAUGUAUAGAUAUGCUUAUGAAAUAAAAAGGUCCAAUCAUGAAAUAAAUGAGAUUUCAAUGUUGCCA